GGUCAAGUGUGCUGGCACGAAGCUCCGAUUAGGGAAAGUUCUGGCUUUCGGUGAAACACCCUCUUUUUAGUUUUCACUUCUUUAUACAACAUGUACCUCCCAAACAUGAUUUAGCAAUAAUGAAAGGUGAAGAUCUAACGAACAGCGGUCAAUCUCAUAACAUCAAGAAAUCCCGUCCGAUCUGAAUUCGUUGGCUUCAAUAGGGCCAUAUUACAUGCUGAUUAAUAGUAGCCGUCGCUUAUCUCUUAAUUGCGGUCACUGAUUUAUAACGGUUUUUCUAUACCGGAGAUUUUGCUAAGAAUUUCUUGGCAUGGUAAACGAGUACGGGAUAGCCGAGUUUGGAACGGGAAAUUUGAAAGGGUGGGGUUGGGGGGGGGGGGGGUAGUAAAAAUAAUUUUAAAAAUAUGAACUACUGUAUCAAUACACAUUCUGCAGACAGAAAGGUAUAUUCAAUAUUCUACAAAAUAUGUCGGCAUCGGGAUCGAUCGUCUAAUGUGCAAAGGUAUCACACCGGUAAUUGUCCAAUCAAAAUGAACUUAGUCAAUGGUAGUUCCAUAUAUUUAAAAGAAUGAUUUUUCCCCCUGCGCGAUUCUUCUCAUUUCCUCUUCUUCUUUUCUCUUAAUUUUUGUACCCCUGAUUAGGAAAUUUUGUGUAAUUUUCGGAAAUAAUCAGUUGUAUACAAAGGAACUAUUUGAUGUUGGUAGCUGAGGCUACUUCCUGAGAUGCACUCAGGCUGUUUACACACAUGUGAAAAGUGUAGUCUUGUUUGCGGGUACAAACUUUCGAAAAUUCUGCGUAGGAUGUUGUUUUUGCGGUGUCGGCAGACGAGAGGGUAACAAUGAGCAUUUCCAACAGCGUAAUUCGGCAUUAGCGCAUUAUUGGCAUCAAUUUAAACAAGUGAUAAAUUACAACGUUCUCUAACGAUUCAUUCAAAAUAUGUGAAGUGCAAGGGGGGGGGGGGGGUCACAAUUUGUAAUUUUUGCCAUUAAUGUGCAAAAAUAAUUUUCAAAAAUGACCAAAUGAGCCGGUAUGGGGUUAUUUGAGUGUUUUAGUUGAAUACACAAAAAUCAUGACCUCAUGCCAAGAAAUCCCGUCCGGUCUGAAUUCGUUGGCUUCAAUAGGGCCAUAUUAUAUGCUGAUUAAUAGCAGCCGUCGCUUAUCUCUUAAUUGCGGUCACUGAUUUAUAACGGUUUUUCUAUACCGGAGAUUUUGCUAAGAAUUUCUUGGCAUGCUCCUAUAAGCAAUACAAAAUAGAUAGUUGGGCAAACACGGACCCCUGGACACACAAAUGCUAAAUGCUAAUGACAUUCUUUUCUUUUUUUUUUUUUUAAUUCUUAAGAAAUCUUGGCAAAUGUUUCUUUACAGUCCUAUGAAAUGCGCGCGCAUUCGUCUCACUCUAGAUAUAUAAACAUGUAUAUAUACUAACACCGUGUUUUGUGACGGAAAUAUUGAUACGAGUCGUAGCUUACUUCUCGAAGAUGUGGUCGAUAAAUACAGUUAAAAGGAGAGAGUUAAAAGGAGAUUGAACAUAUACACUAUUUGCAUCAUUCUUCAGAGUGGAUGCAUUGAGCCAAACAGAAAGUGCAAAAUAAUAGAGAAAAUGAAAACUUCAUCAGAGAGAGAGAAAGUGAAAAAAGUUCAUCAGAAAGAAAGAAAGGGAAAAGUUCAUCAGAGAGAGAGAAAGUGAAAAUAAAAUCUUCAAAGAGAGAAAAGGGGGGAAAAUUUAUCAGAGAGAAAGAAAGUAAAAAGCUUCAUCUGAGAAAGAGAAAGUAAAGACUUCAUCAGGGAAAGAGAAAGUAAAAUUUUGAUCAUAUUAAGAGAAAGUAAGAUUUCCAUCAGAGAAAGAGAAAGUAAAAACUUCAUCAGAGAAUGUAAAUAGUUCAUUGAGUGAGAGAAAUUAAAAAGUUCACCCGAGAAAGAAAGUGAGAAAAAGUGAAAAUUUCAAACAAGGAACAUGGGGGUGUCAAAUAUUUUAAAGAAAUUGAAAUCACUCUCAUGUGUGGCAGUUGAUGAUAAAGAAAAGAAUCAUAAUGAUUAUGAUGAUGAAAAACCAAAACAAGAGAAGAAAAAUGUAUCAGAAGAACAAACAAAUAGAAUAGUUGUAACUGUAGAUGAAUACGAGUGUCGCAUCAACACAGAAUGUCCAGAAUACCGGCUAAAUCUUCAGUUGGGUGAAACACAAUACACAUGCGAGAAGAAAAUUGUGAAAUAUUUUAAUGAUGUCGGGCAGGAGGGAAACUGCUCAUACAGUGAUCAGAAUACCGGAUAUCAUAAAGUUGAAACUUGCAAUCCAUCCAGUGGCCACUGCCUUUCUCAGGAUAAUUCACUGAAUUGUUCAUCUAUAGUUAAAGUUAAAGAAGAUUUGGUAGACAAAGGUUAUUGUUCUCAGGAAACAAGUGGUGUUAGCAAUGGAGAUAAAUUAAUUUCAAAAUGUUCUACCUUUAGAAAUAUGAGUGGUGAUGAUUUUUUUUCUUUUAAACCUGAAGAUUCUUGUGCCUCGAGAUGUUUGAUACCAUCUGAGAAUGCAGAAUGUUCAGACUUGGGGUUUCCGUCUCUUUUAGAACAUGAGGGAAUUCCAUCAGAGCAAUUCCUAACUCAGAUGGAUGAAAACUAUUAUCAAGAAAGUGGUCAAAUGCAAAGUUUGAGGAAAGGAAGUCUCUCAGAGGAAUCAGAUAACGAGCAAGAUAAUGCGAUUAAUGUGACUAAUGCUAGAAGAUCUGAAGGCAGUGCUGCAGGAGAUACCAUAUGGGUCUCACAAUGCCGUGUUUUGACCAGAAGUUCAUCCACACCAACAGACUUAGAUAUUUACAGUACACGAGGUACAGACGGAAAACCAACACAUGCACUAUUCCAAAAUUUACAUUCUUCAGAAGCAGAAAGUGAUAUUUCUAGGCGCGAAUUCAGCUAUUCUUCUUUGUAUUGUCAGUCGUCGAACAUGCUCACAGCAAAUGCAGCUACUGAUUUUGGUUGUCAUUCUGAUAUAUUGUCAUUGAAAAAUAUUUCAUCUUUGCAACUUUAUCGUGCCAGGACAUCGCCUAAGUCGAUGUCACUGCGAUCUCUCUCUGUGUGCUCAGUAAGCAGUGGAUAUUCUUACCUGAAUGUUUCACACUCUGAGCAUUUUCCUCGUAUGAGGAGAGAUUCAAGUUUUGCUUUGUCUGAAGAUGAAGGAAAUGUAAGAGAGCUACAAUUUGAUGAGUUAACAUCUGAAAUUGAUACUAGUGAAAGGAUCAAUGAUGAGGAAAAUGGCGAGGACACUCAGCAACGAGAUAGCGAAUCGAUACUGACAGAAUCAUCGUCAUUGAUGGUGUGUCAUCCUCUGAUGGAUGAAAAUAAUUCUCCUAAAGCAGCGUCUGAGUGCUGCUCUUUGACCUGCAGGUAUGAUGGAAAUACUGAAGUCCAUUUUAAUAUUGAUGAAGUGCAAGAAGAUAUGACGGAAAUACUGCCUGGAGUAAAUUUUGAAAAUUUGAUUCUACGAGAGGAAGUACCGGUCAGCACAAAGACAUCACUACUGAUAAACUGGGAGGAGACUCGGUACAUCGGAGAUGGACAUGCUAAAGAUGUUGGGAUCACUGGUCAGUCGAGUUGUCAAGAUUCUGGUAUGGCUACAUCUGAUCAGGAAGAUAAUGAAAAGCAUGAAGUGAUGGAACAAAUGCUGAAUUCUUCAGAAGAAAACACUGAUAGAUUAUUUAAAAAUUCGCCAAAAGAAUGGUUCACAGGUAAAAUCAUGCAUGAAGAAUUUGCUCUAACUGAAGCAAAGAAAACUACCCCAAAUGAUAUAACUCUAGGAAGAGAAAAAUGGGGCGAAAUGAAAUGGAGAGAAGAUGAAUUAUCUGCUAUCUGUACAUCUGUGCUUCAGAUUAUGAUAAUAAGCCAUCGUUGUCAAAACUUUUCUGUGUCAAUGGAUCCUAUUCUUCAUCAUGGAAGAAUUCCUUGUUCAACAUAUCCCACAAUCAAAAGAGUGCCCUACAAAGAAGACGAGAUCAUCAGGUUUGCAGUGCACAGUCAACUGUGGCAAUACUUUGAUUUUAGAGAAAUAAUCUGGAUUCAUUUUUUAAGUCAUAUGCUCAGUGAAUCCCCAACUGCAUCUGAAUUGCGGUUCUUGCUCCUAAGGCUGUGUCCAUGGCUGUCGCCCAAAGUAUCGUCUAAAUAUACAAUGCACUUAAGCCCGAAGACAAGGAUGUCUUUUUCAAGCAUAUUUCUCACCAAGCUUCUUGCGGGCAGCUUCAACAUUCACACUGUAAAGCCGGAAAUGGAAUAUAUUUUGCUACCAUUACAAGACAAUAGGUGCAUGAUAAAUAUUUAUACAAAGGAUGAUGAUUCUGGAGAUGACGAUGAUGCAUCUGAGGAUUCCUUGUUAACCAGAGAAGGCAGUCUGGCCUAUCCAUUACCUAGGGUGGAAAAUUCCAUUGGGGAAGAUCUAUAUCUGUCCAAUAGAAGAAGGGAUUUUAUAACGUUAGGCAAAUACCUUGAAAUCAUAAAGACUUCAAAUAUGUACUUGCCAAAGAUUGAUUUACAGGAAGCAGAGAAAAAUUGCAGAGCUCUUCAACAUCAGCCACCUAGGUUGGAAAACAGAAGAAUUGCAAGACAUCAUAAAGUUCAAUGCAAGGUCCAAAGUGAUAAAUGGAAGAAAGGUCGCAAAAAAAUUAUAAUAAAGGAAAAUCUACGUGCAAGUCAGCAUCAUAAUAGAAAUUGCUAUGAUGAUACUAAAACACAGCACGAAGCAAAUGGUAAGAAAAAUUGCAUUCCAAGCUUCAUGAUGAAAGAGUCCCAGAAUUGUAAUGCUAAUCGGAAUGAAAAUAAUCCUGGUUCGGUAAAUACCAUAAUGGAUGAUUUUAAUGACGUGGACUCAUCAGAAUGUUUGAAUCGCAGAGUAUCUGUGUCUUCAAGUCCGUCGAGUAUGUGUGGCGUAAUUGUGAAGGUUGAGAGACUCAGCAAUAAAAAGGAAACGCAGAAUCGAUUAAAAUAUCGACAUGAGUUGAACACCAAAGAAAUGGAUAGAAUUCGUAAACAUAUGGUCAGGUUCUUCCAGAGGUUUGAAGCCACAAAACACAGGCAUUCUCUUUCUCCAGUUUCCAUGGAAAAGAUUGACAGUAUGUCACUUCCUGAAAUGCUUUACAAGAUUCAAUCCAUUCCAAAAGGACUUAGUUUUCUGAGGAGGUAUUUGAAAAUCUCCAAGGAACUCCAGCUUGUUUCUGUAGACGUGGACGUUCUUCCAUUUCAACAGUCAAAUUGGACAUACUUUCCAAGUGGGACUGCCUUUGACAACUUCUUUGAGCAAGUAGUAGAGGGAAAUGAUGAUGCGGUUGAAGCACGGAUGAGGUUGGAAUGGUUCAGAGUUACCACUUUCCAAACUUACCCAGCCAAUGUAGGUGUUUCUACUGUCAAACUGGCCAACAAUGGAUUCUACUACACAGGACAUACCACCGAAACUCGCUGUUACUUCUGUCGCCAGACGUAUGACCAAUGGAGUGAGGAAUCGAAUAUAGAAGCCAUACACAGACAGAUUUCUCCGGAUUGUCCACUGAUCAAUGGAAGGGAAACCAACAACAUCCCUGUUCAUGGUCCAAGAAAUGUCCAUGGGGGUAAUCUGCAAAGGCCGGCAACUGAGCAGUUUAGGAGUGUUGAUGAAGGAGAUCCAACACCUGCUGCCAAUACCAUGACCUUGCCACAAGGCCAGAAUAAGCAGCUUCCAAAGCCAUCAGAAGCAGAGGCAUCAGCUGCGCCCACAGAUGGAGAACAAUCAUCCCAGCAGGAACUAGCUUCCAUUCAAACGCCCAGUAAAUCCAAAAUCAAGAGGGACAAGAGAAAGAAGAAGAAGGAGGAAGAAGGAAAGGUGACGGCAGCAGCAGUCAAUGUGGGACAGGGAAGCAGUGGGCAGGUGACCAGUGGUCAGGGACCAGGUGGCCUCAUCAUUCAUGAGGUGCAAGGCAGUCAGGAAGAGCCAGGUCCCUUAGCACAAUCUGAGCCAGUGUCCACUUCCUCUGGCUCCUCGCAGGAGCCUACAUCCACACCAGGACUUUUGGUCAGCGAGGUCCAGCCCCAUUCCAGGCCUCUGGAGGUGAAUCGUGGUGCACCUGUUAACGCCCCCCUGUCAACUCAGUCAAAGGAAUCCGUACAAACAGCAAGUGUACAAGCAACUGCAAACACCACUCGAUCUACACAAAGUUCCGCCAACAGACAUGGUGGUGCUAACCCCCCAGCUCCAUCACAGGGAAGGGCUAACCCCCCGGGUCCUACCUCUGCUGAGAGACUGGCCCAGCUGGACCCUCUGGGAAUAAAUUUUGACAAGCCUAAAUAUCCUUCUUAUGCUGUAUAUUCUACCAGACACAGCUCCUUUGAGGGGUGGCCCUCUCAUAUGGCACAGACUCCGCGAGAAAUGGCACGGGCCGGAUAUUACUACGCAGGAUAUGGCGACUAUGCUCGUUGUUUUUUCUGCGGUGGGGGCCUGAGGAACUGGGACAGGAACGACGAUCCCUGGAUUGAGCACGCUCGGUGGUUUCCCCGGUGCGCCUUUCUGCGGAAUAACAAGGGAGAUAAAUACGUGGCGAGGGUGCAGAGACGACACCAGGAGCAGGAGGCUGGUCUGGUGCCGUCAUCUCAGUUACCACCACCAAUAGACCGAGACCUGGACACGAGUAUAGCACAGGCACUGAGGGAGAUGGGAUACCACAACCCGAUAAUACAGCGAGCCAUGAACAAGUGGAGGGCCAACCUUAUUCCAGGUAGACGACAUCCACCCCCGAUGACUGCUGCUUGUAUACUGGACAUUAUAGAGAAAAUUCAGAAUACUGACCAAGUUCAGGCUGCCCAAUCAGAAAGACCACUCUCUAUACCAGGAAUGCAGAAUAUGUCUGUAGCUGAUGAAUCCCCCCAGUCCUCACAACCUCUAGUGGCCGGCACCAGUGACAGUCCUACAGCCUUAGAAGAAAACAGAACGGACAGCGAUACAGUACCAGGCCAACCUAGAGACUACGGUUACACUCAGAGAGAGACACAGGAGAAGAAGAUUUUACAGGAAGACUUCCUUGGAUUGACAGAGACUUUGGUUUGUAAGGUCUGUUGUGAUAAGGAUGUGGCAGCUGCCUUUCUGCCCUGUGGUCAUUUGGUCUGCUGCCUGGACUGUGCCCCGGCUAUGAGGAAGUGCCCCCUCUGUGACGAACUGAUUAAAGGCACCGUCAAGACCUACUUCUCCUAACUUCUCUGUACAUCUGCUCUUCCAUCAUUUUUGUUCAACAUAAUAUCUAUCCUGCUCUUCCUUCCACCUCCCCGUGGUGAGCAGGGGGCAAUGGAAACCAAUAGAUCGAGUGGAAUUUGUAUAAAAAAAAAAAAAUAGAAGGAUGCAUGGAAGAAAACAUCUUGAUGUUGGUUAAUUAAGGGUUUUUAACAUCAUUGCAUAACACAGUUUUUUCCUGGAGGGGGGGGGGGGGAGGGGGGGGGUGUCCACAUGCUCCUUUUGAGGCUACAUGGACUCAAAACUGUGGUAUAUGAUGAUGAAAGAUGCUGUAUAAUUAAGUAAUGAUUAAGUAAUUUAUAGCAUUGAAUGGUAAUAUCUGAAGCAUGUGACUGCACUGUCAGGCUUAGCUUAAGUUCACUGUACGGCUGUAUUUAUUUUUGGUGAUGUGUUAAUGCUUUAACCAUAGAGAGUGGAUGGAUUUCAUAAAGACAACCUUUUAAACUCAUGAUAAAACAUUAGCAUAUUCUAGAAAGAUCUACUCCCACUAAUAAGCACUCAAAGAACGGGUUCACCACAAGUCUGUUCCAUCAGCUUUAAAAAACCCACCAUUCAUAACUGUCAUAGAUAAGUCUUAGCAUGUACAAUGGACGACAGCAGCACAAUGUACUCUAGGAAAAAUCUUAAAUAGGCAAUUCCAGAUAGGAGGAAUUUAGUUGAAUUGGGAUCUAGCUAAGGAAGGAUCAAGUAAAUUUUAACUGGCGGAUCCAGAGGGGUGUUUUCACAGGUUGGAACAUCCCUUUCGUCAGAAAAUUUGGCUUUAAAAAUGGUAAAAAUAUGCAUUUUAAGGGUGGAAACCCCCCUUCUCAAUACCAAAAUUAAUGGUAGAACCCCUUCUUUCCCCCCUUCUCAAAACCAAAAUUAAUGGUAGAACCCCUUCUUUCAAAUAGUCCUGGAUCCGCCCCGUAGAUUUUAGAAUAUUUUCAAAUUUCAUGUACAUUUUUCUUUUAUGAUCAGCCACAUCUCCAUAUCUUCCACAGCCUUGCUCUAUAUUCCAUUGUUACAUGCUUUUGUAGACCAUGUAGAUUGUGUUGCUAUAACAAUUACUGAUGUUUUUUAGGUGAAUAUGAUGAUUUAGAUGCCUGAGAAAUACAAUAUUCAGGGAGUGAGGUAUUAUACGCCGAGGGAACUAAAUCAUUGUAUUGCCCUCAGAUAUGUGAAUACCCUGUUAAUUUUUAUGCUGUAUGAUUAAAACAGUAUACAAUGCAAAAUAAAAAUGUCGUGAGAGUUACAUUAGACAUUAGACAGCCAAACAAUUAUUUCAUUUCAGUAUGGAAAUUUCCAAUUUAUAUUUAGUUCACUGUUGGAACAAUCAAUUAUUAUAUUUAACUGGAAGGCAAAUGAAAGUGAAUAUAACAUUUUUUUUAAAUUAUUUCUACUCAAAAUUAUUCAAGUCAUCUCAUAGUUUUAAUUUGUUUGAACUUUGAGGCUUCAUUAGACCAGAGUUUAAUCAGGAUUUGAUGAUUUGUUCCAAAUCAACUAGAAUUCUAUUCAAGUGAAGUUUGUUCCAGUCUGAAAAUGUUGAAAUAUUGGUAUGAGUGUACAAAUGUACAAAUAGUUUAUGUAUAAAUGUAUAUGUGUUGAGUAUAUAAGAAUGAGGUAUAAAAUUUCUGAAAAGUUCAUUGGGAUGUAAAUGGCGGUUUGUCCAGGAAUGAAAUCCGAUAACUCCUACAGCGUAAUGAAGUCCUGAAAAAUCCCAUUAGUAUGAUAACGGACAUUGACUUGAAGUUAUCGGGUUACAUUAGUAUGACAACAGACAUUGACUUGAAGUUAUCGGGUUACAUUAGUAUGAUGACAGACAUUGACUUGAAGUUAUCGGGUUACAUUAGUAUGAUGACAGACAUUGACUUGAAGUUAUCGGGUUACAUUAGUAUGAUGACAGACAUUGACUUGAAGUUAUCGGGUUACAUUAGUAUGAUAACAGACAUUGACUUGAAGUUAUCGGGUUACAUUUAUGACAACAGACAUUGACUUGAAGUUAUCGGGUUACAUUAGUAUGAUAACAGACAUUGACUUGAAGUUAUCGGGUUACAUUAGUAUGAUAACAGACAUUGACUUGAAGUUAUGGGUUACAUUAGUAUGACAACAGACAUUGACUUGAAGUUAUCGGGUUACAUUUAUGAUAACAGACAUUGACUUGAAGAUAUCGGGUUACAUUUAAUUGUAUCACACAGUUACACUUCACAAUUUAAAAAUCGCAUUACUUUAUUAUGACAUCACAGUUAUGUGUAGUGAUGUUAAUUAUGACAUCACAGUUAUGUGUAGUGAUGUUAAUUAUGACAUCACAGUUAUGCGUAGUGAUGUUAAUUAUGACAUCACAGUUAUGUGUAGUGAUGUUAAUUGCAAACAAAAGCAGAUAUCGUGCAAAACGUCUACACUUUAAAAUUAUCUAUUGUCACAUAUUACACUCAGUAAUUUUAAUAUGUAGACAUUUUGUUUGUUACCAGCUUUUGUAGUUUAGUUGUAGUGUUAGUUUCUUUUUGUGUUUAGUUUUCUUUUGCAUGUAGAUAUUCUAUCGUCCUGAGGAAGGGACAGAUUGUACCGAAAAUUUGACACUUUACAGUUGUUCGUGUCGAUGUUUGUGUGUUGUAACAUUCCCUAUGUCUUCAUAGUUUAUAUAGUGUAGUUCAUAUAUUGUAUGUACAGGUAUCAUGCAUAAAAAAAAUGCUGAAAAAUUUUUGUAUGUCAUGGCAUGUAUGGUUUUAAAUUACAUGUCGCAUAGAGCAGCAUAUUUACAUCUCGUAGUGUUUUUGCUACAUGUACACUGGUAAAAUUGCAAUUUAUGUUUAACUUAUGAUUUUGUCAUCAUACGGUGAACAUUGGUUUUCAAAAUACAUGCAUGUUGACUAUACUGCAAACUUUAAAAAUAUGAUUAACACAAGGUGAAAAAUUAAUGUUUAAGAUAAUUAUGUUAAACAUGUUGCAAUUUUACCAAAUUACCCAUGUUUAUAUUUGCCGCAAUAUUUUGAAUACUGUAGGUAAAGAUUGUCAUUUAAUGUUUACUUGUUCAUGUGUGUGGGUUUUUUUUUUUAAUUGCCAUGUGCAUAGUGUAUGAAAACGGAGUUGGUGAUUAUUAUAUUCCCUAAUAAUGAUAUACCCUGUACCUAGUUCUGGUUAAAUGACUUAAUUUAAUGUCAGUCUUGAAUAAAGCAAUUGGCCAAUAAAAGCCUUGGGACUUUC